UCUAGCCAUCAAUGAAUGAGUAUACCUAAGUAAUCCUCCUUGUGUCCAACCUUGACUUGUUUGCUCAGAGAAAUGGCAUCUAGUGUWGUUUUGGUUCUGAUGUUGGUGUUUUUUGGUGGUMCUUUUCAUGUACRCUCUGUACUCGAAUGCACAGAGUCAAUCCAAGGUGAUAUAUUGCUGAGGCAUUUCCAAAAGACAGAAAGACAUCGAUAUCCAAGGGCUGCAAUUUCUGACCGUACAGCAUUGUGGGUCAAUAAUACAAUACCAUACGUGUUUGAUUGGAGGAUUACAGAUUCUCAAAAGCGCAAAGUCAAGAAAGCAAUGACUGUUUGGGAAAACAAGACAUGCAUUCGCUUUGUGCCACGUGAUACCGAAACAGACUACACCAUCUUCACCACCGGCCGCGGUUGUUGUUCGAAUGUUGGUCGUCAAGGAGGACGGCAGGCUGUCAUCCUUGGAUACGGUUGCUUUGGACAUCGUAUAAUUCUCCAUGAAAUUGGUCACUUGGUUGGUUUUUGGCACGAACAGGGUCGACCAGAUAGAAAUGAUUACGUUAAAAUUUUGUAUGAUAAUAUCAGUCCAGGAGAAAUACAUCAAUUUGUAAAGAAAGAUGCAAGCUUGGUCACGUCGCUUGGUCAGCCUUUUGACUACAGAUCCAUCAUGUUGUAUGGUAAAAACACUUUCAGCAAGAAUAACCGACGAACCAUCGUCCCCAUUUUAACAUCAUAUAAUAUCAAAGAACAAGGAGAAUACUACUACAGACAACACACACUCUUUGGAACUUCAAAACUUAGUCAUUCAGAUAUCCUGCAAGCCAAUCUACUCUUUAAAUGUCCGUACAAAUAUGACAACGGCGAAGUCCUUAUCGGCAACAAAGGUAACUUCACGUCACCAAACUUCCCUAAGGCAUACAACAAGUCAAGUGACAUAACCUGGACAGUAAUAGCCGCUGAUUUCAACAAAAGUAAAAUGCUGGUUCUUUUAAUUGAUGAAUUAAACAUUGGUAUUAAAGACCCGGACCGAGGAUGUCCCGAUGAUUGGUUGGAGAUUCGUGAAGGCAAAGGUCCUAAAUCACCAUAUUUAACAAGGUUUUGUGGAAUAAGAAGAUCCGUAGCUAUAACAGURUUCGUUGAUGGUGURUUUAUUCGAUUGCAUUCUUCAAAUUCCUCRAAGACAAAAAUCAAACCAAAUCCGACGUUAGCGGCCCAUCAGCCAUUGCAGGAUUGGUGGCUUAGGAAURUGGUACUGAAAAAGGAAGUCGAGCCGUCAAUUGGGUUUUCUCUGCGGUAUAAAAUAAGCGACUGCAAGUACAUUAUAACCAAACAGAAUGGCACGAUAGAAAGCCCUGGAUAUCCUUCACUCUAUCAAGAAAAUAUCGAUUGYGUUUGGCARAUCUCCGCACCAAAAGGUUUCCGAAUUCAUGUCACUUUUGAAGAUUUUGAYUUCCGAGGAAUUGAUAAGGAAAAUGGCUGUAUUGAUUAUCUGGAAAUGAGAGAAGGAACAAAGAUAACGUCAAAGUUUCUAAGUCUUCAUUGUGGACGAGAUUUCCCUCGUGACCUCKCUACUAGUUCCCACAACCUCAGAAUAUUCAUGCACACGACGAAAUCCGGAAAGAGUAGGCGAGGUCAAGGAUUUAAAGCUCAUUACAAAAUGGAAGAUAUUGACGAAUGUGAAGGUGGUGAAGACCUAUGUGAACAAGGUUGUGUUAACUACCCUGGAGGGUACACGUGUGGMUGUCUUAGUGCUUACAAACUCGUAGGAAAAGGACCUAAAGUAAGGUGUUUAGAUGUCGACGAAUGCCAGAAUAAUAAUGGUGGGUGCUCUCAUGGCUGUACAAACACACAAGGUGGUCAUUUCUGUACGUGUCCACCUGGGUAUUACCUGGACAAAGACCAAAAGACUUGCAAAGAUUCAGAUGAGUGCAUGCUGUCGCUUUGUUCACAGAAAUGUGUUAACACUCCCGGCAGCUUUGUGUGUUCUUGUAAAUAUGGCUACGCACUAGACAAUGACAAAAAAACUUGCAAACUUGCAAUUCCAAUGUGUACUGGGGUGCUGUCGUCUAAUGUCGGAAAAUUCACAUCACCACCAAUACCAUCAUGGUAUCGAGGCUAUGUCGAUUGUGAAUGGACGAUACGAGUGCGUCAGCGGUAUACCAUUGGCAUGUACUUGACAUUAAUGUGGUCACGUGAUCAAAAGUGCAAAAAUUACAUAAAAAUUUCACUGAAUGAAGGAUCUGGUAUGCAUACCAUGAAGCUUUGCGGCCAUGAAGACGUUCAGGGUCUUCUUCACUUUAAAGCUCACGAGUUACAUGUCUUUUAUCACACUGAGGCACCAUAUACAAAUGGGUUCUCRUUGAGAUACCAUAUGCGACCAAAGAAAGAGCAAUUGUGUGGAGGUGAUCUGUAUCGUAAGGAAGGAAUYGUUCAGUCUCCUGACUAUCCAUCAUUCUACCCAGCCCGUUCAAACUGCUUAUGGAAGAUAAAAAGCCCGCGAGGACGAGGAGCAGUGGUUUUAUUUGAAGUGUUUGACCUGGAAAAUCAAACACACUGUAAAUAUGACUUCGUUGACAUUCAGACUAGUGUAGCGGAUCGAAUUCGCCCUGUUGGGCGGUUCUGUGGGGAGAAAAARCCUCCAGUUAUUAGUGUUAAAAAUGGAGAAAUAUGGAUYAGAUUUCGCUCGGACGGUACAGUGCAGAAACGAGGUUUUAGAGCUAAUUAUCGCUUCAGAUAAAGAUCGCCUAUCUUUUGUCAGUUCCAUAUAAUAUAUGUUGCAUGUAUAUCCUACGUACUUCUUUUUACACUGACAAUUGUCGGAUAUUGAGAAAAACAUUUUUUUGCUGUCCGCUUUCAUAUUGGCCGAGCGAAGGACUAGGGUGAAGCAUUCCAACAGAUUCUCCAAAAAUUUUUAAACUACAAGAUUCACAAUGUGUGCAAAUGUCUGUAAAUUGUUAGAAAUACGGACCUAUGGGAYGUGUGGCCAGAAAACACUUUUUGAUGCCGAGGUUUCACUGACAACAAAAUUCAGUUGAAUGUCAAUUAUUUUUUUUUUGACAACUUUUAAAAAUUUCCUUUCGUGUUGUCAGCCUAUUUAUGUCUUAAAGAAAUAAAACCGUUMAUUUUCACUAGA